AACAAGAUAUUCCUACUAGAUGGAAUUCAACUUACAUGAUGCUUGAUUGUGCUUUGUAUUUUAAAAAAGCUUUAAUUCACUUUCAAAAAGUUGAUGCCAAUUAUGUACAUUGUCCUUCUGUUGAAGAAUGGGGUAGAGUUGAAAAAAUAUGCAAGUUUUUGAAACUUUUUCAUGAUGUCACACUUGCCUUUUCUAGGACCAAAUAUCCAACUUCCAAUCUCUACUUUCAUAGAGUCUUACAAGUUAGGUUGUUGUUACAAAAUGAAAUGAAAAGUUCAGAUCUUUUUAUGCAAAAAAUGGCUUGUAAAAUGUAUGAGAAAUUUGGAAAGUAUUGGUCAGAAUUUAGUACAUUUAUGGUUGUUGCUGUGGUGUUGGAUCCACGAUAUAAGUUGCAAUGUGUCAAUUGGGGUUACAUGAGGAUAUAUGGUCAGCAUAGUGUUGAAUACGAGCUUGAGUUUUCUAAGGUUAAGGAUGCUUUACGGAGGUUGUACGAGGCUUAUGCAUCCAGUCAUUCUUCAUCAAGCAAUGUUAUUCCCACUGCUAAUGCUUCCAAUGCUAAUGAAGCUUCCGAUGAUUUUAUGAUGGAUUUUGAUAGUUUUUCUAUGGAGCAAUCAAAUGUGUCAAUCAAAUCUGAAGUUGAUAUGUAUUAUGAGGAGCCACUUAUCCCCCGAGGCACCAACCUUGAUAUUUUGUCUUAUUGGAGAACUUGCUCGGUCCGGUAUCCUAUAUUAGCUAAAAUUGCUAGGGAUGUUCUUGUUGUCCCCGUAUCAACUGUGGCCUCCGAAUCAGCUUUUAGUACUUGAAGUCGAGUGCUUGAUUGUUAUAGAAGUGCUUUAAAAUCAGAAACAGUGGAGGCUAUAAUUUGCUUAA